AAACAGAUCGAUUUCCACCCUACUGAAACAAAGCGAAGCGAAAGCACUCUACAACAACAUAACGUUAACCACAAGCACAAGAGCUACAAGAGUACGAGUGUGUUACCGUAGUGGUGAAACUUUCAGCCUUUCAGAUUACCCUCCGUUCCUGACCGCUCAAGUCAGCAGUAAAGGGUAAGAGUCCGGAAAAGGACCAGGCUAUACAACGUUCAAGUACUACGCAAGGAGCUCCCGUGGUUGAAAGAUGUGGGCGUGCGAGCCUGGGCUGACGUCCACGAUCGCGGAGAGCUACGCGGGCGCGGGGCCGCUCUUCGUGAACACGCUGCAGACAUUCCUGGCGGCGCACUGCGCACUGGUGGGGGACCAUGUGUGGCCCGCUGAUGCCAAGGAACAUGUUGUGAGAGAUCCGUACUAUGACUUCAUUGUUGUGGGUGCUGGCUCAGCGGGGGCGGUGGUGGCCAACCGACUGAGCGAGGUGCCGGAGUGGCGGGUGCUGCUGGUGGAGGCCGGAGGAAACCCAACCCUCGGCACUGAGGCACCCCAAGUAUUCUUGGCUAACCUGAAAACCAAAGAAGAUUGGGGGUACAAGACGGAGCACCAGCCAGGAGCCUGCGGAGCUUACAAAACUAAGGGUUGCUACUGGCCGCGAGGCAAGGUGCUGGGAGGUACCAGCAGCAUCAACGCCAUGUUCUACGUGAGAGGCAAUAAGCAGGACUACAACGAGUGGGCCGCGGCCGGCAACACCGGCUGGAGCUACGACGACGUCCUACCAUACUUCAAGAAGAGCGAAGAUUUCUACAAACCACUGACAUCAGAAACAGCCGAGUAUCACGGCUCCGGAGGAUACCUCCACGUGGAGCACACCGAGGAUGUCGCUGAUAUAGAAAAGCUGUUGCUCCAAGCGAAUGCUGAACUUGGUUUGGAAAUAACUGAUGAUGUAACUGGAGCUCAACAAAUGGGUGUAACUAGAGCGCUAACUACAACCAAAGAUGGUGUAAGACAAAGUACUGCUCGAGCUUUUCUUAGCCCCAUAAGAGAACGUCGUAAUUUCCAUGUCUUAAAAGAUGCGCUAGCUACCAAAAUUCUGUUCAAACCGAAUACUACUGAAGUGACUGGUAUUCUAGUCAAUAAAAAUGGUAAAGAUAUUGAAAUUUAUGCCAAUAAAGAAGUGAUCGUAUCCGCUGGAUCAAUCAAUACUCCACAGUUGUUGAUGCUAUCCGGCAUCGGACCCAAGAAACAUCUCCAACAAAUAGGGAUUGAAGUUAAAGCAGAUCUACCAGUUGGUGAAAACUUACAAGACCACGCAUUUGCUGCCAUGAUGUUCACAACAAGGAGUGAUAGUGACCUCGCAUCUCUUCCAAAUAUUGUCGGAGGUAUCUACCAGUUCAUGCUGCAUCAGAAAGGUCAGUUCUCUGAUUUGAGCCCUCACAGAAUUACCGGGUUUAUAAACACUUUAGAUCCGAAAGCUACAUUCCCAGAUAUCCAAACUCAUCACAUUGCUAUGUUACCUAAUUUAACGAAUAUUGUAGAUUUAUUUGCCCUCCACGAUUCAUCGCAAGAGGUGCAGGAUCAAUUUCAGGAAAUUAUUAAAGACAACUUCGUUUUAGUUCCUUAUAUAGUGUUACUUAAACCAAAUUCUAAAGGCAGAAUACUGCUAAAGAAUAAAGAUCCUGCAGAUAAGCCGUUAAUUUAUGCUAAUUACUUUGAUGAUUCAGAGGACCUGAAAACUGUGGUAAGAGGGAUGAGGUAUGUAGCAAAGUAUCGUCAAACGAAAUCGUUUCAGUCCAUUGGUUUAAAGUUGCGUUGGUUUGAGCUAGAAGCUUGCAAGGGUCUUGACGAAGAAUCUGAUGAGUUCUACGAAUGCAUGGCGAGACAGAUAACAUUCUCCCUGUAUCACCCUACAAGCACGGCAAAAAUGGGUCCAGAAAGUGAUCGUUUUGCCGUCGUUGAUCCAGAGCUACGAGUGAGAGGCGUGGCGGGUCUGCGAGUGAUGGACGCCAGCGUGAUGCCGAGCAUCGUGAGGGGAAACACCAACGCACCAGUGAUCAUGAUCGCGGAGAAAGGGGCGGACCUUGUGAAAAAACAUUGGGGGAUGCUGGACCCAGUGAAUCAUUCUGGAUUGUGAAAUGGAAUCUACUUAUAGAUGUAUGGAAUAAACUCGUGUACUUAAGUAGUAUAGAAAGUAUGCAAGUUAAAUUUUUAUUUUUUUUCUAAUAAAUUUUCAAUUUUUCAAAUA